AAACCAAAUGCAAACAAUAACUCUCUCCACGAAAAAAGGAAAAUAAUUUUCAAAAUUCAGAAUCUCGAAUGUCGACCUUAAUAAGAGUUAAGAUGACCAAAAUGAAACUCGACUGCAAGUAGAUAGACUAGCUAGUUAGUGUAAUUUACCCAUAUAAUAAUUACAUCCAUUUUAAAACCAAAUUUUAAACUUUUGUUCCUUUUUUCUAUGUAAAAGAAUUAUAGGUGGAGAACCCACUUUUUGAAAGCCAUAACCCACGCUCAAGUGCCUUUGCCACCUCUUUUUAUCAUUCAAUCCAUUCACACCUCCCCACCCCUUUCGAGGUGUGCCAUUUGUUAAUUUACAAAUCACAAAUCCUAAAAAGAAGAAGAAGAAGAAGAAGAAGAAGAAGAAGAAGAAGAAGCACUCAGCAUGGCUCCUGCUGGGAGGUUGAAUAUCAUGGCACUGCUGGCAUUAUUUUCGCUCCUACUUCUGGCGACGUCUGCAAGCGCCGGCGGGUCGGCGGCGCCGGCGCCGGCGGCAGACUGCUCGGCGGCGCUGCUGAGCCUGGCAGACUGCCUGACGUACGUGGAGGUGGGCAGCAAGGCGGCGAAGCCGGAGGGCGGGUGCUGCUCGGGGCUGAAGAAGGUGGUGAGGGAGGAGGUGGGCUGCCUCUGCCAGGCCUUCCAGGGGAGCCAGGAUCUUGGGGUCAGCCUCAACGUCACCAAGGCCCUCUCCCUCCCCUCUGCUUGCAAAGUCUCCACUCCCCCCUUCACCAAAUGCAACAUUUCUGUUGCUGGUGUGCCUGGUCCGGCUCCUGCUCCUUCGCCGAGAUCGGAAGGGGGUGCUGGUUUUUUGACGGCUCCUGCGCCGUCUCCUGUCCAUUCAACUGCAGUGGAAUUUCCAGCUUCCACAUUCUAUCUCCUCUUCAGUGUUGCAGCAUCUUUGUUUCCCUACUAUUUUCUCUAAUUGAUCAUCUGUGUGUUUGUGUCCUCCCUAAAUCUUCUUUAGUGAACAAUAUGACGAGUCUUUGAUGUUGUUGACUCUGAGAUGUAUCUGUUGAGGAUCUUCUUUCGCCUAUGUAUUACAUUUUUCAUCGUGUUUUGACUUAUCUUUCUAUUUCACAUACAAUCAUUUUUAGCCU